AUGGCGCAGCGUGUAAAGCUUGGCAUGAAAGCACAGCCCACAGGAGCAGCUGGCAGUUCUCUCUGCCUUUACAACGCAAUGUUUUCACAGGGCCACCAGCACAGCCCCACCGAAGUCGGGUUCCAGGACUGCAGUAUUCGUGCACCCGACCCACUGUGGGAGCUACCAGCAGCUCGGACCCUGGCCCAACCCAAGCCCCACAUGCACGUGCCCAUAAAGCUCAUGCUGCUAAGGCUAGACCCGUCCCAGCAGCGGUAG